ACGGACGUCCUAUUCAUAUUAAUUUAAUUCCGUUGUAACACCCUCCACAAGAAUGGAAUCAAACAUGUCUGAACAGUUCGUUGAAAUUGACAAUUUCGGCCUUGAGUUGUUGGAAAAUGUUGAUAUGACGAUGGAACCUCAACACAGCCAUGAAGAAGUCAGCAGCCAGGAAGUUUUAAUCCUCAUUGAAAAGGUGAUUCUAGAGAUAGUCACCAGUCUGUCCAAAGAUGAAGCUCCAGUUUUGGUCCUACCCAACCGAUCCAGCUGGGCCAAUGUAAGUUUUGACAACGCCGUUGGCCUUCAAAUGACUUCAGGAAGUUCUGUCACCACAGUUCGGAGCAACUGUUCCUCGUCUGUCACUAAAUUUGGGCACAUUCUCAAGGUUCUAUCCACCAUCUACAAACUUGUGCAGAGCAACGUAUAUGCCACAAAAAGGGACAUCUAUUACAACGACACACAGCUUUUUGGUUCACAGAGGACUGUCGAUUCCAUUGUGGAUGACAUCUCCUGCAUGCUCAAGGUUCCACGCAGAAGACUACAUGUGCUAGCUACGUCCAAGGGCUUCAUCUCAGGUGAUCUGUGUUACCUGGAGGAGGACAGCACCAAGGUGGACUGCCACUCCAACUCCACUGCUACUCCAGUCUCUUCUAAUGUUGGCGGAAUCAGGAACAUUGUGUCAUCUGCUAAGUUUGUUUUGAUAGUGGAGAAGGAUGCUACCUUCCAGAAACUGCUCGAUUAUGACUUUUGCACCAAGUUAUGUCCUUGCAUCAUGAUCACAGGUAAAGGUGUCCCAGAUGUGAACAGCAGGCUGAUGGUGAGAAAGCUUUGGGAUACCCUGCACAUCCCUAUAUUUGCUCUGGUGGAUGCUGACCCUUACGGCAUUGAGAUUAUGUGCAUCUACAAGUACGGAUCAGUGGCCAUGUCAUUUGAGGCCCACAGUCUGACCGUCCCCAGCGUUAUGUGGCUAGGCCUCCUCCCCUCUGACCUCCAGAGAUUGAGAGUACCUGAGGAUGCUCUGAUCCCCCUCACACAGAGAGACCAGAAUAAACUGACCAGCCUGCUGAAGAGACCCUACCUGGCCUGCCAACCUGCCUGGCAGAAAGAGAUGGAAAUGAUGCAACGGAGCAAGGUGAAAGCUGAGAUCCAGUCCCUGGCCUCCAUAGCCCCUGAUUUCCUCAGCCGCGUCUACCUGCCAAACAAGCUGCGCUACGGGGGCUGGAUAUGAUCACACACUGCCCCUCUGUGGAUGGUGGGAUGUGGGAUUUGAUAUGCCUGGAUUCAAGCA